UUAACGCUUAAUUUCCAUGCAUAAAAGGGUGGGAAAAAAAACUUCAAGAAGCCUUCUUUACUAAUUUCUUUUGUUGAUUCCUACAAAUAGGUUUCGAAAGAUUUCUACAUUGAGCUUUGGGAAGAUAAUAUAGUUCAAUUCACCUUCUUGCUUUGCACUUCCAUGAAGAAAAUAGAGUUGAAGGUUGGCAUUCACUGCCAGAAAUGCAAAACAGAGGUGUUGAAGGCAGUUACAAAACUUACAGGUAUAGAUCAAGUAUCAGUGGAUGCUGAAAAGGGGACCCUAACUGUAAUUGGAAAUGUUGAUCCAGUUUGUGUGACAACCCAAGUGAGAAAGACUGGAAAAGUAGUAGAACUAAUCAGUGUUGGUCCACCAAAGAAAGACACAAAACCUCAACCUCAACCUCAACCUAUAUGUUUUCCUCCUUGUUGUAAGGAAUGCCAGCUUGUAGGCAUCACCUCUGUUCCCUAUGAUGGUGGAUCAUCUUGCUCCAUUCUGUAAGAGAUAAAAUCAUCUUCUUUUUUUUUAUUUCAUUUUCUUUUUUUUGUUUUGGUCAUAGGAUAUGUUUAUGUUGUGUUGGUAGACAAGUGUGAGAUUAUUUGCAACUAGUUUAUGAUUAUUAUCUUGUUCCAUUUUUUUUAUUAUUUAAAACUUAAUGUGUGUCAAGUUUUGGAAAAACUCUUUGUACAAUUUCGUUCAAUUAUAGCAUGAUUUAUUGUUUGCUCCAAUAUUAUGUUUGAUCACCGC